AUGAUUAGAAAAUGCGCCUAUGGAAACUUCAGUGGCGAUGAUCUUCUUAAGCUUGUUCUGCCUGAUUUGCCAGUUGAUCUUCAACAAAUGCUUUUGCUUUUGUUCCAAAAGUAUCGUAGUCAGUGGAAAGAGGAUGCUUCAAAGGAACAUGUUCCUCUCUCUCUCAAACCUCUUGCCUUGAAUCAAUAUACGGGUGUUGCAUUGUUAGUAGAAGCUGCAAACAUGGGUGAUAAAUAUGCUCAAUACGAACUAGCUUGCCGGUUGAGAGUUAAGGAAGCUAAAGUAACAAUGCUAGGUGUGAUCCUAAGUAUUGUCUGGACAUGGAAAUCUACAAAUUGUGUUACUAGCUAUGAUUGGUCCAUCAUUCGUGGCUAUCUUGCACCAGAAUAUGCCAUGCGCGGACAUCUUAGAGAGAAAGCCGACGUGUUUGCUUUUAGUGUUGUGGCGCUAAAGACUAUCAGUGGCAGGUGGAACUCUGCUCCUAAUUUGGACGAAGAACAAAUAUAUCUUCUUGAGUGGGCUUGGAACUUACAAGAACAAAAUAAUGACGCUGAUCUUGUGGAUUCAGAGUUAUCUGAAUUCGAUGAAGAUGAAGUGAGAAGACUCAUAAGAGUAGCCCUUAUGCACUCAAACAUCACAAACAUCAAGGUCAUCAAUGUCUAG